AUUAGACCCAUCCCCAGAGAUUUGUUCCCAGAAACAGCACCAGGGCGACCUGAAUUCAUCCGCCUUCAGUUGUGUGUGUGUUGCUUUCUGCCUGUCUUAAAGACCAAACAGCAAAGAACAUGCCGACCAUCGCUGCAGCUGCGACGCAUCAAAUCACUCUGACGUUGUGUUUGAGAACCUGGCGACCUGCCUGUCAUCACGGCCAUGAUGCGAGUCAUCCAAGCACUAUGGCUGCUUCGUGUGGGGGCUGUGCGAUUGGACGAGGAGAUGGUGGAGUUUGGGAAUUUGACCGGCGACAACUUUGAUGAUUUUGUCCCGUGUUGCUUGGUCAAGGGCGUAUGCAAGAACUUCGACGCGGGCACUCCAGAUGCUUGGUCAAGGUCUGCCGUUUGUACCUGAAAAUGUCAUGUAGACUGCAUGUCGAACAAAACUCCCCAUGCCUGCAAUGCCGUCGGUGGGUCAAUACUCCGGAUGCCCAGCCGGACGUGCUCGAAGCCAUCUCUCAAGACUCUGGACUCCCAUCCUAUUCCUAUUCCUCUUCUCUUGGACGAAGACCCCAAGCAUCUCCACUUCACAAGAUGUUUGUUUUCACCAAGCGACCUGACCCAAAAGGCUCCAGAGUGAAGCUGAACUAGACCUGGUGAUAUCUGGCGAUCUACAUCCUGGAAGAUUCACAUGGAACCUGAAAAUGGAGCUUUGGAAGACGAUGUUCCUCCAACCCCCCGGCAGUGGUUUUCAGGUUUUCUGAAUCAACAGCCUACGGCUCUCGUUCUUCAGCCGGUGGACCACUCCGAUGGUCCGGGACGGUCCGGGCUCAGCACGUCCACCUGGAGGUGGAACUCGUGAAGCUGGAAGAUCCAGGAAAGGUGACCUGGGAGGUUGGGAGUUCCAAGACUUAUUGGAUCAUGAAUCAUAUUGGAUCCUUGAUCUUCCUUUUUUCAUCUAAAAUUGAGGAUGGCUGCCCUGUGGGUUGGCACAACGAGUACUGCGAUUGCUACAAGCGCCGGGGGAAGAAUGGCAGAGGAUUGUUCAAGUGUGGCAUAGGCAAUAAUGAGGAGGAAACACAGUGCUGCUGCAGCAACACUGCUGCGGAGGCCAUGGCAAAGGAUGAUUUGGGAUUGGAAAAGUGCCCCAACCCGCACAGCAUCGGCAGCAUCCUCAACCCAUUCAAGCGCGACAUUAACAAGGAAAUGAGUUUCGGCGCGCCCUUCGUGCAGCUGAGCAAGAAACAUUGCUUCAUCGGCAAAGGCACGCAGGGUGUGACGUAUGGGAAGAAGAAAACCAUCGGGCAGAAGAUCGGCAGUGCCUUCUCGAAGGUGAAAGCGAAGAUCGAUGACGUCAAGCCAAUCUUUCUAUGGACUGCCACGCCCAUGUACAACCCGAACACUGGUGGAUAUGUGAUGGUGAAAAACUUGCACAUCACCAGCAACAAAGCUUUGAGGAACAAGUACGGCUAGAUCCUUUCAGAAACGGUCAGAAACACCCCGCGGGCGAUGGUGUAUCUGGAGCCCGCCUUUGCGCAGCUCAGCAGCUCGUCCGAGCCACCGAGCUCCCCGAGACGCGCACGAAAAGAGAUGACCGGAGCUCUGGUCGUGUGCGUCGCGGUGGGGGAAGGUCCACCGUCGUGCAGAUGUGAGUGGUACUCGUGCCUGGUGACUGGUCCAUGAAAGGAUUCGGUGUGAAGAUGGUUGGAAUCCGGG